UACAGCGGCAUGUCUUCCACUUCCUUCGCUUCAUUAUAUACCUCCCGUAUGGAGCUGGCUCUUCCAUCACAGUGACAGGAAGCAUGAGGAUACACCGGUUGUCAGCAUGGCAGGUGGCGGCCAUGAUUUGUCUCCUGAGCGCUGGCACCCACGCCUCGCUCGGUGACAGGUUGCCGGACUUUAAGGAUUGCGUUGAGGUCUGCAAAGAAGCGAAUUGUGGCGAGGAUCCGACUCCCAUUCCCCUCCACCGCCGCCUUCUCCUCUGGGACUGCCCCUCCGAAUGCGACUACACAUGCCAGCACAUCGUGACGCAGAAGCGACUGGCGCGCGACCCACCGUACAUGCAACCGGUCUACCAAUUCCACGGCAAAUGGCCCUUCUACCGCUUCCUCGGCAUGCAGGAACCCUUCAGCGUCCUCUUCUCCCUCCUCAACUACCUCGCCCACUGGCAGGGCAUCUCGCAGCUGCGCGAGUCCAUCCCGUCCUCCUACCCGCUCCGCAGAUACUACGUCCUCUUCGGCUACUUUGGCCUCGCGAGCUGGGUCUUCAGCAUGGUGUUCCACACGAGGGACUUCGGCGUCACCGAGAAGUUGGAUUAUUUCGCCGCGGGCGCUAGCGUGCUGUAUGGUAUGUACUUCUCUCCGAUCCGCAUCUUCCGCCUCGACGACGAGCGGAAGCCCGCGAAGCAAUCCCUGCUGCGCUUCUGGACUGCGACUUGCUUGAUUCUUUACGCGCUGCAUGUCGGAUACCUUACCCUCUGGCGGUGGGACUACACGUACAACAUGGCUGCCAACGUCGCCGUGGGCGUCGUCCAGAACCUGCUCUGGAGCGGGUUCAGUUAUGUGCGGUAUAAGCGAUCGGGGCGGUUAUGGGCGAUGUGGCCUGGGUUGAUUGUGGCGUGGAUCAUCGUGGUGAUGAGCUUGGAGUUGCUCGAUUUCGCGCCCUGGGGAGGCAUGCUGGAUGCGCAUGCGUUGUGGCAUCUGGGGACUGUGGUGCCGACGGUUUGGUGGUAUCAGUUCCUGAUACGCGACGCACAGGAGGAUUUGGCGGGGACGAGACUGAAGCAGUAGGACGCAAUGCGUUUGUUUUCUUAUAGAGAAGAUGUAUCUACGGACAGGCCUCUAUGCAUAUCUGUUCUUUGACAGUUAUGAUAUUUCUCCAACCGACCUCCUCCGAAAGUCCCAUUCGUCAACUAGCUCUUUCAAACAGCA